AUGGCUACCAAAGACUUCCCACCUCCGCCAACUCCCACCAUCGACUGGAACAACAUCGGCUUCAAGGUCAGAGAGGUAAACGGCCAUGUGGAAUCGCACUUCUCUCAUUCCGGGGGAGCCCAAUGGUCUGCCCCUCGCUUCGUUGCGUCUCCUUACCUCCAGCUCCAUGGCAUGGCUCCGGCCCUCAACUACGGCCAGCAAGCCUACGAAGGCAUGAAAGCCUUCCGCCACCCUCCAUCCCCGUCUCAUCCAAACGGCCGCAUUGCCAUCUUCCGACCAGACCGCAAUGCCGCCCGGUUGCAGCGGUCGGCCGAGUUCGUCUCCAUCCCACCCAUCCCUGAAGAGCAUUUCGUCGAAUGCGUACGUCGUGCAGUCAGCGCUAAUGCCGACUUUGUCCCUCCCUACGAGACGCGUGCGGCGAUGUAUAUCCGUCCACUCUUGCUGGGUAGCUCUGCCCAGCUAGGCCUCGUGCCGCCGGAUGAAUAUACGUUUGUCGUCUUCGUUAUGCCAACGGGCGUCUACCAUGGUGUUCACGCCGUUGAUGCGCUGGUGCUCGAGGACUUUGAUCGGUCUGCUCCCGAGGGGACCGGAUCAGCCAAGUUGGGCGGUAACUAUGCUCCUGUGCUACGGCAUAGUGACAGGGCGAGGACGGAAGGGUACGGCAUCACGCUGCAUCUGGAUAGCAAGACGAGGACGGAGAUUGAUGAGUUUUCUACCUCGGCGUUUAUCGGGGUACGCAAGGACAAGAUGACGGGUGAGGUCACGCUUGUGUUCCCAGAUAGCAAGAAUGUGAUUGCCAGUGUCACUGCGGCGUCGGUGCAGGAGAUUGGAGAACGCCUGUGUAAUUUCAAGAUCGAGAGGCGAGCGGUUCUCUACGAUGAGCUGUCCGGGUUCGACGAAGUCAUGGCUGCAGGUACGGCGGCCGCCUUGGUGCCGAUUAAGAGUAUUACGAUGAAGUCCAAGGAUGUCAAGUAUGAGUAUGAUGCCGGCACCAACGACGAGGGAGGUGAGGUGUUUAAGAAGUUGAUCAAGACGUUGCAGGGAAUCCAGAUGGGUGAAGUCGAGGAUACGUUUGGAUGGCUUGUGGACGCUGAACCCGUCGAGCAAGGAUGGGUGGAAGGGAAAUAA